AUGGAGGUAAAAACCGUUAUUUCAUUUAUUUUUUGUUUCUUUUUUGUCCGAAUUAUCGCAGAAAAUACUGAGGCAGAAUUGGAAGAUGAAGAUGAUGGAAUAUGGGCACCGCUUCUGGUGAAAUGGGCUACUAGAAAAUGCGAAGCCGGAAGUCAUAGACAAAGUAGAGUAAUGCUGAUACCAAUAUCGCCAAACUCUUUCGUUGCCGAAGAUAGGUUAACCAAUCUAACCCCGCCAGCAGAGAGUAAAGUGAUACCAGGAAAAAUUGUUAACAACUCGCCAUAUACUCCCCUAAAGCCUGUAAAAAUCAUGAAUAACAACAUACAGCCUACAGUUCCACCAAGAGUAAAACCGUCUAUAACGGGACAGAGACAGGUUUCUGAAACUGAUCUUUAUCUAUUAGGAGCCAUAGAAAAAUUGGUCUAUAAGCCUUGUCGGACCAAUUAUACAAAAGUUGGACACGACUGUUAUCAUUUCAAUAGUGCAACAGGUAGAGAACUUGACUGGAAAGCAGCUAGUAAAUAUUGUAAGAAAAUCGGUGGAUUCCUAGCUGAAAUGGAGAGUAUUGAAGAUAAUCAAGACCUGGUUACCUUUAUUCAAGCAACACAACAUUUAAGAGGCAGAGACUUUUGGGUUGGUGGUCUAAAUCCUGGUCUUCUCUGGAUAUGGAGUAAUAGUGCACGACCAGUGGCUGCACCUGGAUCUCAUACCAAUAAAGACAAUCCUUCGUCGGCUAUUCAAGGAGAAGGUCGCUGUUUGCGGCUAGCAUAUAACGCGGCGCUUCGUUCCUACAGUUACAAAGGAUCAGAUUGCUCUAUCAGAUACAACUUUAUUUGUGAACUGCCUGAAAAUACUUCCAGUAACGAAAUUAAGAGGUUAGGAAGAAGUAGAAAUAUAUUAAACGAGGAACUGAGCGAAAAUUAA